AUGCUUCCUCCUCAGCUUCCGUUCGAUCAACUCUUCGAGUUAGGGCCCAGCGUGCUUCCCUCUGGAAGCCAUUCUCUGGUCCGCCUCCCCUCCCAGACGCCCUUCCUCGUCCGACACCUCGUCCGCCCCGCGAUGCCUGUAUCGCUAGGCGACGACUAUUAUCCGUAUUCGCCGCGGCCCUUUGUCAUGGCGUCAGCUGUAAUAGCCCUUCCGACCGUCGGCCCUGUCCUCGCGCCUGCUGCGCCGCCCGUUCCCGUCGUGGCGUCGUUGUCUGCGCCUGGCGAGGCGCGUGGUCCUGCGCCUGCGUCGUCACCUACUCCCGCACUCGCCUCGGCGUCUGCUCCUGCGCCUGCCCCUGGGCCGGCUGCGGCAUCAAAUCCUGCGCACACUCCUACGCCUGCGCCGGUGGUUCCACCUGUCCCCGUGGGGGUGUCGGCGCCCGUGCCUGUGGUUGCGGCAUCGUCUGCUGCUGUUGGAGCAGCCUCCGCGAUGCCACUGGUUGCGCCUGCCAUGGCGCUUUCUGCUGCUGCUGUUGUGGACCCAGCUUACCAGCCGCCUCCAGCCACCAGCGCCGGCCUGAGCUCGGCGGAGGUUCAGUCGGCUCGCGUGUCGCCUCCGGUUGCUCCUGCCCCUCUGCCUGUGGUAGCAACCGCGCUGCCUCCGACCGUCCAGGCGGGUCCUGCUCCCGCACCCUCUGCUCUUGUUCCUCCUGCUCAACGUCCUCCGUCCCCGGGCCGUCGGGAGCAUCGGCCUCAUUCCCCUGUGCCGCAUAACGAGCAGGAGAUGUCACGGCGGCGGCACGAUUCCCCUCGGCGCCGAGGUUCACAGGCAAAUUGGGCUGCACCCCGUGGUGGCCGAGGGGGCUGGUGGGGUGGGCGUGGUCGCAGUGGCGGCUGGGUGUAUGAUCAGCCGGUGAAAAUGGCCGACUUGCAGCGAGUUGUGUCUAACGCGAUGCGCGAGGAGCGGAACGGGCGGGCGAGCCUGAGCAAUUUGCCGCGCGUCGCUCCUGCGCCGGUGUCUCUUCCUCCAGCUGCGCCCUAUGCGCCUGCUCCUCCUCCUCCCUCGUCUGCCGCUCCUCCUCCUCGUGCUGCCGUUGCAUCUGUUGCUGCUCCUGGGAACCGUCUGCGGUUGCCGUGGGUUCCUCCUGUGGCGGGCAUGGAGUUCGUGACCGCGGGCGGAGGACCGGUGACGCCGCAGUAUCCAUCCCUGCUGCCCAUGGCUCCUGAUCCGCCAGCUGCUGAUCUUCCGAUACAAUCGCUGGUAGGGCCGUCUCCUUCGGCGGAUGUGCCUGAGGCGUCUCUCGGGCAGCUUUGGCGCCUCUCUGAGGGUCUGCGGGCUGUUCACCUGAUCCAGGUGUAUUGUCACGCGGCUCUUUCUCGCGGCGUGCCUCUGGUAGGCGGCCCUCUGGACGAGUGCUCGGAUGCCGCUGACCGGCUUGCCGAGCUCCUUGCGCCCGUGUUGGCUGCGCCCGUGUUGGCUGCGCCCGCGCGGAGUGGAGUUGCGGGCUUUGGACAGCUUGGGACUGCGCUCCGUAGUCUGCGCCGGGUGAUGCGCGCAGCGACUGCAGUCGACCUGAUCGACGCAACCACGGUGGUGGUGCGCGAGCUUCAUCGCUCGAUGACGGGGCUCCUUGCUGUUCUUGACGCGGAUCAGAUGUAG